AUGGCAAGUCUUGGGCAAACGAACAAUUACAAGCAAGGCUAUUCUAGCCAGACUGUCGCGACCCAACAAACUCGCAAGGCCGAGACCGAGGCCGCGUUUCUACUGCCAUACAUUAAGAAAACAGACUUUAUUCUCGAUGUCGGCUGCGGUCCUGGUACAAUCACCAUAGGCUUUGUUAAAUACGCUAGUGAAGGAAGAACGAUCGGAAUCGAUAUUUCGACAGAUGUCUUGAGCAGAGCCAAGGCAGCGGCCGAUGAGGCUGGCAUUGCCAAGGAGGGACCUGGCUCUCUCAUCUUCGAAGAAGGAAAUAUCCUGGAAGGAAUCAACUACCCGGACAAUACCUUCGACAUCGUAUUCUGCGCUCAUACCUUCGGAUAUAUGCCGCCACCGGACAUGCCGCUUAAGGCACUGACCGAGAUGCGACGGGUACUGAAGCCUGGAGGAAUUCUAGCCACGCGCGAUACAGUCGAUCAGCACUUCUACCCACGCAGUGUGGAUCUCGAUCGUCUCUGGGUGGGGAAUUUCCGCCGAGCGGUACUGAAAGGCAAUCUUGAAACAGACCUUUCGCCACCUUUUAUGCCGGCUCUGUUUCGUCGUGCAGGUUUUGAUGCUGACGGGGGAAAGGUUGUUAUCGGCACUGGAAGUACGGUGUUCUCAGGAGCAGAUACUCGACAGUGGCUAGCUAAGCGUGCUGAGAGCCAGUUACAGCCCGGCGAUCCUUUACACCGAAGCUGGCGGGAGGCUGGAAUCACUGAGGAUGAAAUACAGGAGACGCUUCUCGCCUCUAAAAAAUGGGCUGAGACAGAGGAUGCGUGGUUUGCGGCACUGCAGUGUAAUAUGCUUGCGUGGAAGUAG